CAGGUGCUUUGCCCAUCCCCUCUGCCAUGUGGGAACUGCGGUCUGCCUCCUUCUGGAGGGCCAUAUUUGCCGAGUUCUUUGCUACCCUCUUCUACGUCUUCUUUGGGCUGGGGGCCUCACUACGUUGGACCCCUGGACCCCUGCAUGUCCUUCAGGUGGCCCUGGCUUUUGGUCUGGCCCUGGCUACACUGGUGCAAGCAGUGGGCCACAUUAGUGGAGCCCAUGUCAAUCCUGCAGUCACUUUUGCCUUCCUUGUGGGCUCCCAGAUGUCCCUGCUCCGUGCCUUCUGCUAUAUGGCAGCCCAACUCCUGGGAGCCGUGGCUGGGGCUGCUGUGCUGUAUAGUGUCACCCCGCCUGCUGUCCGAGGAAACCUAGCGCUCAACACGUUGCACCCUGGGGUGAGUGUGGGCCAGGCCACCACAGUGGAGAUCUUCCUGACGCUCCAGUUCGUGCUCUGCAUCUUUGCCACAUACGACGAGAGGCGAAAUGGUCGCCUGGGCUCCGUGGCCCUGGCCGUUGGCUUCUCCCUCACUCUGGGGCACCUCUUUGGGAUGUAUUAUACUGGUGCAGGCAUGAAUCCUGCCCGUUCCUUUGCUCCUGCCAUUCUCACCAGGAACUUCACCAACCACUGGGUGUACUGGGUGGGCCCRAUCAUUGGAGGGGGUCUGGGCAGCCUUCUCUACGACUUUCUUCUCUUCCCCCGGCUCAAGAGUGUUUCUGAGAGACUGUCUAUCCUCAAGGGUGUCAGACCCAGUGACUCCAAUGGACAACCAGAGGGCACAGGGGAACCUGUUGAACUGAAGACCCAGGCUCUGUAAAAGCUCCAGAUGGAGUGAGGGAGUAGAAAGCUUCUGGGUUUCUGUGGAGGGGCUGAGACAGCCCCUAGAUGAAGAAAAAAACUGUGGGGAGGGGCAUGUACUUC